AAAAAAUCACUGGCAGCGCGCUGCGACAGACAACAGCCUGUAUAGCAUGCCCAUAGUAUAGGAGUGUGGAUUGACUGCGGUUUGGUUUACACCAUUUGGACACGGUGAGGAACGGGACGCACUUGGAGCUUGGAUUGGAUAGCUGCUGGUUUUAUGCUGCGCAGAACUCAGCCCAGAAUUACCACCACCACGCCUAUAUUCGCCACUAAUGGACGGAUAAUGUUCGUGGUUGAAAUGGACAACUAUUCAAACUAGAAAGUAUUAUUUUUGGGGGGGAUCCACUUCUUGGCGGUUGGAUGGUGUGCGAAAGGUAGCCACACCAGCUAGUUCACUCUCUACGCAAAUUCAAAAUGACAAUUUUUGGAUAGGGGAUAGCCUAUGUAAUGCAUAAGGGAUCAUUUGUGUCCAAAGCAUCAAAACCCAGGAGUGCUGCAUACCACAGAUGAGAGAGAGAAGGGAACGAGGUUUGAUUCUGAAGCUGGGCCAAAGUAUUCGUGUAAACAGUGGAGAAUUGCAGUGGGGGGAAACACGGGUCUGGAACUGGGCUGCACGUUUCUUGAUCGUGCAGAGGACUGCGCCUGGAGUGCAACAAGCAAGAGCCUACAUUUCUAUAACAUACUAAAUUGUGCGCAAGACAAUUGUCCCGCUGUUAUUUAAAUACUUUUCUCAUGGGUAGUGUUAUUCAGUCGCCCUGGCAGCAUUUGGAUAAUUAACUUUGGAGAUCCAUGCCAACAUAGAAGGAGCACAGUUCAAGGGGAUACCACAGAAAACCUUGCUGAAUGGACCUUUAACUUUGGUUUAACGUUAUCCUUUUUACACAGCGAAUCCGGACUCACUUUUUGGCACAUUUGAAGAACGCUCUCCGCCGAGGCUGGUCUGAUGUAAUUCAAAAUAAACAAAAUCAACCUAACCUGAUUCCAAACACAAACUUUUGACAGAUUGUAUUUUAUUACGUCCUACCCCCCCCUUUCCCAUUAAAAGUGUACUUCUGAACCUCGAAGUGGCUCCGAAGUGGUGUUGUGACUCCUCGCCCGCAGCGGAUCCGGAGCUUGGAGUGUCUGGAGCGGGAGGAGUUGGCGGCGGACCCCCUGUCACACAGCAGGGACCCAAGACGAGUAGGGUGAAAAAGAUGGUUCGAUUGGCGGCAGAACUGUUGUUGCUUUUAGGACUUCUACUUCUUACCUUACAUAUUACGGUGUUAAGGAGCAGCCCGCUGAAUCAAGGGAAUUUAACUUCGAGCCAGGAUCAGCAGUAUACAGUGAUUGCAGAGAAUAAUGUCAGAACAGAGAGCAGUUUGUUAGCCCAGCAGGGUCCAGGGAAGUGGAGGGGAUCAGAGCCCCAGUCAGCCCAGAGGCCUGCUGCCCUCCCCUGGGCCCCGAGUCAGGCUACAGGAGGCAGCCUGCAGAGAGACAGGCCUGGGGCCUUCCUCCUGGACCUCAGCAACUUCCCUGACCUCUCCAAGGCUGAUAUAAACCGACAGAACCCAAACAUACAGGUGACCAUAGAGGUGGUGGAUGAUCUAGAAGGGGCGGAGCAUGAGAAAGGUCUGAAGAAGGAGAACAAACCAGGUUUGGCCGCUCCCAACUGGAGAAACUGGUGGCAAACCACCUCCUCUUCAUCCUCCUCCUCCUCUUCUUCUUCGGUCUUGACCCCACGUCGACCCAAGGAGCAGGCUAGGGAGCAGCAGCCCACCUACAGAGGAGGAGUAGCAAGUGGCAGUAACACAGAGGAUAGUAACUUCCUAAAACCACUAGGGGGCUGGGAGAGGAGAGGAGGCGCAGGAGGAGGACGUGCCAGCAAGGUUCAGGCUGAAUAUGACUAUAUAGAUGGAGACGGUGGCUGGAGUAACUGGUCUCCAUGCAGUGUAACCUGUGGGAACGGGAACCAGAAGAGGAUCAGGUCAUGUGGUUACGCCUGCAGCGCCACAGAGUCACGCACCUGUGACAUGCCACCCUGCCCAGGUAUUGAAGAUGUGUUUAAGACAGCCGCCACUGAGGUCAGUCUACUGGCUGGAACCGAUGAGUUCAACGCUACAGAGCUCUUUGGUGUCGACACAGACAGCUGUGAACGCUGGAUGAACUGUAAGUCUGAGUUCCUGAAGAAAUACAUGAUCAAAGUCUCCAACGACCUCCCCAGCUGCCCCUGCUCCUACCCCACCGAGGUGGCCUACAGCACGGCCGACGUCCCCGACCCCGCCACACGCCGGGCCUUCCGCUGGAAAGACGCCAGCGGCCCCAAGGAGAAACUAGAGAUCUACAAACCCACGGCCCGGUACUGCAUCCGCUCCAUGUUAACUCUAGAGUCCACUACUCUGGCCGCACAGCACUGCUGCUACAAUGACAACAUGAAGCUCAUCACCCGGGGUAAAGGAGCAGGAACACCCAACCUCAUCAGCAACGAGUUCUCUGCUGACCUCCACUACAAGGUCGACGUCCUGCCCUGGAUCAUCUGUAAGGGGGACUGGAGUCGCUAUAACCAGGUCAGGCCUCCUAACAACGGGCAGAAGUGCCCAGACAACCCCCUGGAUGAGGAUUACCUCAAACAAGUUGAGGAGGCAUGGGAGUUUUAGAACUGGAGAGAUUAACAUAUUAAAGGGAAAAACAUAUGAAAUAUUUGUAUGAAUCUUGAACUUCAAUUGCUGCUUCAAACCAUCCAAGGCUAGAGUCCAAAUGAACAGGUCUGUCUGUUGAUAUCAGACAACGUAUUGCUCACAUGGACACAUCAUUGUCCUCAACAGAGACUAUGGACUUUAUUUUAAUAAAACCUAACUCAAUGGUAAAUCUAACCACUGUCGCGAGGGCUACAGGUUCGGGGGCGUGUCAGAAAUAUUUUUGGCUAUUUUCAUAACCAGAAUGAUUGUCUCAGUAGCAGGCGGUGGUGCAUAAGGGCUGGGUUUUGAUAGCAGGCGGU